ACUGGAACUACAGACAUUCUCAAGUUACGUCAGAGGCUACAGAAAUCAACAGUCACUUGAAAUUGAUAUCGGAGAUUGUUGCUAUGGAAAAGUAUAUUACAUGCAAACGAGUCAAACAAACUUGGGCCAAACAGACGGCGCCAUACCAGAAGCGGCAGGUGGCGACUGCCGAGCGACACCGCUCAAUGUUCCCAUUCGACCUCUUCGACUACCUGACUUAUCCAGCGCGUAUCGUACGGGAGUGCUCCUACUCAAAAUGCUGCUUAUACCCAUACCUGACAGUCUCCGAGUGUAGGUCCCCAUGCUAGCAAGAACAAAAAGCGCAAGACGACUGACAGGCUUGGAAAUUCGCAGGGCUCUCACCAUCGUAACCGCUCUAUCGUUUCUCCCUCAGCUGCAUCGCAUCUGGACACAAAAGACCAGCAAAGGGAUUUCAACGGACUACGUCUUUUGGAACCUCCUCUGCGCAACAGAACAAUUUAAAUUCUUUGUCUAUCUUCUCAUUGCAAAGGAUCCUGAACAAAACAUCCCACUUGUCUAUGAUCCUCCAACGUUCGGAGAUAGACUGAAUAUGUACCAGACUGCUGUGGUCUGGUUAUCAUUUUUUACACUUUUCGGUGCCUGCUUACGACACACACCCUCCAAGUCGUUCUAUGUCAUCGCAUACGCACUCUAUAUCACCAUAUCAAUCGUCCCUCCAAUCUUGGAUAUCCUCUAUGGUUUCCCUUCGCCAGAUCACACUUACGCUGAUCCUCUAGCUUCGGGAAUAUUCUUCCUCUCCAUGUGUCUGCUGAACCCGCUCGUAUCAGUGUUGGUGGUAUAUGCUGUUUUCUCGCAGAUACGGGAAAUCAACAGUGCAAGGGGCCCAGAAUUAUCGAUUCCACCAGGCAAUGCUCUAAGUAUCUGCGGUUUGGCUGUGCAAGCUGUCGUAUUUGCUGCUGUAGCUUUUACAUGGAUCUGGCGCGUUCCGAUUGAAAAUGCUAGAUUGGGGUGGGAUACGUGGUCAUGGACGGUGGUCGGUCUCGACAAUCUUAUGUAUUGGUAUAACUUGGUCGGGUUCCCCGCUUUUGAUAAUGGUGUAUUUGCGAUGGGGCAGGGUGUUUUGUUUGCUUCAGCUUGGCGGAGGCGUAAAGGCAGAGAAAAUGCGGUGGAUAGGGAGCCUCUACUAGGGCGGUCUGGGUAUCGAACAACUAAAUUCGUCCCUUUGUGUAACGAAUAGCGGUUUGGAAGAUAGUCCGGCGAGUUCUACAUGCGUGGGGAAGAUAAAGUUUGCAAGUUCCUGACAGAUGAUGUCCCAGGAUAGCGAGGGAACUACAGUGAUUCUCGAAACCGCCUUGACCAACGUACAAUGAGGG